GUUGGCAAGAUGGCGCCGGUGGAGAAGAAGUUGCUGGGGCCGGAGGCGGCCGGCGCCGCCGAGAUCCCCAGCGAGGAGGAGGAAGGGCAGAACCUGUGGUCCUCAAUACUGAGUGAAGUUUCCACCCGGUCCAGGUCUAAAUUACCAUCAGGCAAAAACAUUCUUGUUUUUGGUGAUGACGGUUCAGGUAAAACAACACUUAUGACUAAAGUACAAGGAGCAGAGCACAGCAAGAAAGGAAGAGGAUUGGAAUAUUUGUACCUAAAUAUUCAUGAUGAAGACAGAGAUGAUCAGACUCGCUGUAAUGUUUGGAUUCUAGAUGGAGACCUGUAUCAUAAAGGGCUCUUGAAGUUUGCUGUUUCUGCAGAAAACCUGCAAGAGACCUUAGUAGUCUUUGUGGCAGAUAUGUCUAGACCGUGGACUGUUAUGGAAUCUCUACAAAAAUGGGCCAGUGUCUUACGUGAGCACAUUGAUAAGCUGAAAAUUCCCCCGGAAGAGAUGAGAGACCUGGAACAAAAAUUUAUAAAGGAAUUCCAGGAGUAUGUGGAACCUGAAGAAGGCUACCAAGGAUCACCACAGAGAAGAGGUCCUUCAUCAUCUGGCCAAGAAGAUGAAAAUAUUACUUUGCCACUUGGAGAGAAUGUGCUGACUCACAAUCUUGGGAUCCCUGUGCUGGUGGUUUGUACAAAGUGUGAUGCAGUGAGUGUACUAGAGAAGGAACAUGACUACAGAGAAGAACACUUUGACUUCAUUCAGUCACACAUUCGUAGAUUCUGCUUACAGUAUGGAGCUGCCUUGAUUUAUACAUCAGUUAAGGAAGAAAAGAACCUUGACUUGCUGUAUAAGUACAUUGUACAUAAAACAUAUGGUUUUCACUUUACCACACCUGCCUUAGUGGUAGAAAAGGAUGCAGUCUUUAUACCUGCUGGUUGGGACAAUGAAAAGAAAAUUGCUAUUUUACAUGAAAACUUCACAACGGUGAAACCAGAAGAUGCAUAUGAAGACUUCAUUGUAAAACCUCCAGUAAGAAAGUUAGUCCAUGAGAAAGAGUUGGCAGCAGAAGAUGAGCAAGUGUUUCUUAUGAAGCAGCAGUCUUUACUUGCCAAGCAGCCAGCCACGCCUACAAGAGCAUCAGAAUCUCCUGCAAGAGGACCUGCAGGAUCCCCAAGAACCCAAGGCAGAGCUGGUCCUGUCAACGUACCCAGUGCCUCACCAAUAACAUCAGUUAAGAAACCAGAUCCAAAUAUUAAAAACAAUGCUGCAAGUGAAGGUGUGUUGGCUAGCUUCUUUAACAGUCUGUUGAGUAAAAAGACUGGCCCUCCUGGGAGUCCUGGAGCUGGAGGAGUGCAGACCACAGCCAAAAAAUCAGGGCAAAAGACUGUUUUGACAAAUGUUCAAGAAGAACUGGAUAGAAUGACUCGCAAGCCCGAUUCCAUGGUAACAGCAAACUCUCCAACAGAGAAUGAAGCUUGA